AUGAAUAAUGCAGAUGUGAAUAGUAUCAGUUUCGAAAGCAUAACAUUGGGAUUGAAGCAUGGGCAGCCUAUAUCAGACAAGGUUGUUGGAACCACAAGCAGAGCAGAGGUGGCAACAUCAAAGUUUGACAAGGAAAAUGUUCUUAGUAAACUCAGACAAAGCAACGUGUUCACUGUGUAG